UGUGUCUCUCCUUUUUACUCUCUCUUUUACUGAGCUGUUGUUUUGGAUGAGAAUGUAAAUGGGUUCCUUAGAAAGUCUGGUUUCCUUGAAGGGAGAUGGUUUUAGGAACGAAAGGAACCCUUUUUUGAGCCGAACGAGAUCGAGAUUGUCUCGUUUUUUGCUCUUCAAGAAGCUAGAUUACAUCCAAUGGAUUUGCACGGUUGUCGUUUUCCUCUUCUUUGUGGUGUUCUUCCAGAUGUUUUUACCUGGUUCAGUGAUGGACAAAUCCCAAGAUUCCUUCUUGGAUGCUAAAGAUUUGGUUUUUGGAGAAUUAAGAUACUUGAAAGACAUGGGUGGGUUGGAUUUUGGCGAGGAUGUCAUUUUGGAACCAUGUAAUCUUUUGCUGAAAUUUCAGAGAGAAAAUAAACAAGUCAGUUUGGAAUCUUCAUCUGCUCUCAACCGUAGCCAACACCGGUUCCAUUAUAGAAAGCCUCAGCUGGCAUUGAUUUUUGCUGAUCUACUGGUUGACCCACAACAAUUGUUAAUGGUGACCAUUGCAAAUGCGUUAAGAGAGAUUGGUUAUGAAAUUCAGGUAUACUCUCUUGAAGAUGGUCCUGUGCACAAUAUAUGGCAAAAUAUUGGAGUUCCAGUCACCAUUCUUAAAGUCAAUUCAGAUGAGAUUGGUGUCGAUUGGCUCAACUAUGAUGGCAUACUUGUUAGCUCUCUUGAGGCCAAGAGUGUUGUUUCUAGUAUCAUGCAGGAACCUUUUAAAUCUCUCCCACUUAUAUGGACCAUCCAUGAAAGAGCUCUUGCUGUUCGUUCGAGACAAUACACAUUGACGGGGCAGAUUGAGCUUGUGAAUGAUUGGAAAAAGACUUUCAAUCGUGCUACUGUUGUUGUCUUCCCAAACUAUGCUCUUCCGAUGAUCUAUUCUACAUUUGAUACUGGAAAUUAUUAUGUUAUUCCUAGUUCUCCUGCUGAUGUAUGGAAAGGAGAGAGUGCAAUGUAUUUGUACAUAGAUCAUCAGCAUACGAGUAUGGGUUAUGGACCUGAUGAAUUACUUAUAGCAAUUGUUGGAAGUCAAUUUAUGUACAGAGGCUUGUGGUUGGAACAUGCACUUAUUUUGCAGGCUUUAUUACCGCUUUUUGCCGACUUUUCAUCUGAUAAUAAUUCUAGUUCCCUCCCCAAAAUCAUCGUCUUAAGUGGUGAUUCAACAAGCAACUACAGCAUGGCUGUUGAGAAAAUUGCUCUUAACUUGAGAUAUCCCCGUGGGGUGGUGAAGCAUGUUGCUGUUGAUGGAGAGGUUGACAGUGUUCUUAGCGUGACCGACCUUGUGAUAUAUGGCUCAUUCCUUGAAGAGCCAUCAUUUCCAGAAAUUUUGAUAAAAGCCAUGUCCUAUGGAAAACCAAUUGUAGCACCAGAUCUCUCCAAUAUCAGGAAAUAUGUCGAUAACAGGGUGAACGGAUAUCUUUUCCCUAAGGAGAAUAUUAGUGUUCUGACACAGAUCAUAUUGCAAAUGAUAUCGAAAGGAAAAUUGUCACCAUUGGCACUGAAUGUUGCUUCAAUUGGGAGAAGAACUGUUAAAAACAUGAUGGUUAGGGAAACUGUUGAAGGAUACGCCUUGCUGCUGGAAAAUAUUCUGAAGCUUCCAUCAGAAGUUGCACCUCCUAAGGCUGUCAUAGAACUUCCUUCAAAGUUGAAAGAAGAAUGGCAAUGGGACCUAUUUCUGGAUCUUCGGAAUUCUACACUCGAAGACAGGAGUUCCAAAUUUUUAAAUGAGUUAGAGGAGCAGCGGAAACAUUCUCAAAGAAAGAAAUUAGGAUCGUUAAUUGCUAUGAAUGAUUCAUUUUCAUAUGAGAUUUGGGAGGAAGAGAAAAAGAUGCAUAGUAUCAAUAUGAAAAGGAGACGAGAGGAACAAGAGUUGAAAGAUAGAAAUGAUCAUCCUCGUGGCACCUGGGAGGACGUAUAUCGAAAUGCCAAGAGGGCUGAUCGUGUGAGGAAUGACCUGCAUGAAAGGGAUGAAAGGGAGCUUGAAAGGACUGGUCAACCAUUGUGUAUCUAUGAACCUUACUAUGGUGAAGGAACAUGGCCUUUCCUCCACCGAAAUUCUCUUUAUCGUGGAAUUGGAUUGUCCUCCAAAUGUCGAAGACCCAAGAUGGAUGAUGUUGAUGGACCAUCUCGUCUGGAGCUUCUUAAAAAUCCCUACUACCGAGACACUCUUGGUGAAUAUGGGGCGUUCUUUGCAAUUGCUAGCCGGAUUGACCGUCUACACCGGAAUGCCUGGAUAGGAUUUCAGUCAUGGAGAGCAACGGCUAGGAAGGCAUCCCUGUCUGAAGUUGCUGAGACAUCAUUGUUAGGCGCCAUCGAAAAGCGCAAAUACGGCGAUGCUCUAUACUUUUGGGUUCGGAUGGACAUGGAUCCAAGAAACAGCUUGCAGCAGGACUUUUGGUCAUUUUGUGAUGCUAUAAAUGCUGGAAAUUGCAAGUUCGCAUUCUCUGAGACUUUUAAAAGGAUGUAUGGCAUAAGUACCAAUUUAAAUUCUUUGCCACCCAUGCCUCAAGAUGGAGGCACAUGGUCUGUAACGCAGAGUUGGGCUUUGCCGACUAAGUCCUUUCUCGAGUUUGUUAUGUUUUCAAGGAUGUUUGUGGAUGCAUUAGAUGCACAAAUGUAUGAUGAGCACCAUCAAAGUGGUCACUGUUAUCUGAGUUUCUCAAAGGACAAGCACUGCUACUCACGGAUGCUUGAGCUACUUGUAAACGUUUGGGCAUACCACAGCGCACGGCGGAUGGUGUACGUGAAUCCCGAGACUGGUGUGAUGGAAGAAUAUCACACGUUCAAGCAUCGGAGGGGUAAAAUGUGGGUGAAAUGGUUUGCCUUGAACACUUUAAAGGCCAUGGAUGAGGAUUUGGCUGAGGAAGCAGAUUCCGACCAACCUAGAAAACGAUGGUUAUGGCCAUCAACAGGUGAGGUUGUGUGGCAAGGUGUACUCGAUCGAGAGAAAAACCUCCGCAACCAACAGAAAGAGAAAAGGAAGCAAAAAAGCAAGGAUAAACAAGAGAGGAUGAGGCAUAAACACCGUCAAAAGGCAUUAGGCAAGUAUGUGAAACCCCUCCCAGAUGAAGAAAUGGAAAAUACAAAUUCAACAUUAGUAACAUCAUAUUAAUUUCAUGUGUGUGUUUGCAUCCAUGUUAGUAGAAUCUAAGUUUGCUAAUUCUUUUUUAUUUUUAUUUUUUCUAGAAAGGAUGCACUAUUUGUGUACAUGUUUGUACUUUUCUUUUCACUUGUUUGUAAGCUAACAGCAUCCUUCUGGUCAUUGUAUGUUCAUGAAUGUCCCAAAAUGUGUACUAUUUUUAUCUGGUGGAGAUUG